UUUUCUUCCGUUUAGAUUCAUCUUCAUGUGUCCAACUUACAGUUAUUAUCUAACAACCAACUAAAACAUGUUGAUAUCUCAGCAAAUAAGUAUUAUAACUAUUCUGAUGUUAUGCCAUUGUACUUUAAUUGUUUGGUCUGGUUCGUUAACACGAUCUGUAGCAACAGAAUUAAUCUCACCAAAUGUUAAUGAAACAGAUAAAUUUGUUACUUUGGUUGAUUCAAAGGCCAAAACCAUCAAAGUAUCUCAACUCAGUGAAGCCCGAUUGUUAGGGCCAUCUCUCUUGAAAAAAGCUAACGGCAAAUUUUACGGCAAACUAGUUGAAGCUGCACCAGCUGCGGAGGAUUACUUUAAGAAAGUGGCAGAUUUCAUGCAUAAAAAUCCUAUCAGUCCAGGUCCAUUCAUAUACUUCAUGAGGCGUCUUUCGAGUUACAUACAAAUUCCUCUUCCUCCAUUCACUCCGAUUCUCAUCGGUUUUCGUUGAGUUGCAAAAUCUCAUAAGAACAACAUUCAAAAGUGUAAAUUAAUAUUAAGCCACUUUCGGGUUUAUUCUUGACAAAAUCGAAGCGAACUGUUGUACAGUAUUAGAAAAUCUUAUUCCUCAAACUAUUAAUAAUACUUUUCUUGUUAGACGUCGAAAGCAAAUAUAUAGCAAAUAUCCAAGAUUUUUCUUGUGUGACUUUAAAUAUCUAACAAGAAAAGGGCUGAGUCGAGAAAUAAGAUUUUAUGAUUU